AUGGAGGACCACGACUACGGCUAUCUGGAGUUCCAGGAUACGCAGGGGUCCCAAUAUGACUACGAAAACUUCGCGGUCCCUUCUCAGGCCGGAAAAGACGUAGACGAUCUGACUUUGAGUUCCUUGACGUUGAACUCCCAACCUUCGCAAACCACCCAACCGACUGGGUCAGCCGCGCCGUCCCGUAUCACGGCGGACGUUCGGGUGGCGGAGCGUUCGGGUGAAGCAUACUUUAUUUCGGAUGCACCUGACGACUUUGAUGGGGACGGCGGACCAGAUGGAUUUCAGUUCUCUCAAAGUGAUCUGCCUGACCACGCUUGCAGCUAUUGUGGCAUCCACAAUGCGUCCUCUGUCGUCGAAUGCUUAACGUGCAACAAGUGGUUUUGCAAUUCGCGCGGAAUCUCCUCCAGCCGCGGUUCCCACAUUAUUCAGCAUUUGGUGCGCGCCCGCCAUAAGGAAGUGCGACUCCAUCCCGAAUCUCCCCUUGGCGAGACUACUUUGGAAUGCUACAAUUGCGGAUUGCGAAACGUUUUCAACUUGGGUUUCAUUCCUGCAAAGUCUGACACUGUUGUCGUACUUCUCUGCCGGGCUUGCUCGAACCCAAUGGGUCAGAAGGACGUGAGCUGGGACCUAUCGCAAUGGCUCCCUCUCAUUGAGGAUCGAAGUUUCCUCACCUGGCUGGUGAAAGUGCCUCUGGAAUUUGAGGAGCUGAGGGCAAGGCACAUUACCGCAUCACAGAUAGCAGCUCUGGAGGAUCGCUGGAUGGAGGACUCAAAUGCCACCGUGGACGAUCUCAACAAGCCUGGGAUCGAGGAUGAACCGGAGCCCGUGCGCUUGCGAUAUGAGGAUCCGUACCAGUACCAGAACAUCUUUGGUCCUUUGAUCAAGUUGGAAGCGGACUAUGACAAGAAGUUGAAAGAGUCGCAAACUCAAGAUGAUGUGGAGGUCACGUGGAGUGCUGGUCUGAAGAAGCCGUUGGCGUCUUUCAAGUUGCCCAAAUUGGAACUUGGGGACUUCCUGCGCCUUGCGGUUGGCGACGAAUUGAUGCUUCGAUACACCGGUGAAUUGGUCAAGGGACACUGGGAGGGGGUGGGGCAUGUGAUCAAGAUUCCCAACAACCUUUCCGAUGAGGUGGUUCUCGAACUCAAGAGCGAUGACAAAACUCCCACGCACUGUACGCACAACUUUAGCGUUGACUUUGUCUGGAAAUCCACAUCCUUUGACAGGAUGCAAGCUGCAAUGAGGACCUUUGCGCACGAUGAGCGAUCUGUCAGCCCUUACAUCUACCAUCGCUUGCUUGGCCAAGACGUCGAAGGGCAGGUUUUCAAGGGCGUCGCCAUGCCCAAGCGUUUCACCGCGCCCAAUCUCCCGGAUUUGAACCAUUCGCAGGUGUCUGCCGUGAAAAGCGUUCUUCAGAAGCCUCUCAGUUUGAUCCAAGGACCUCCGGGAACCGGAAAGACCGUCACCUCCGCGACAAUUGUCUAUCAUCUGGCGAAGAUGACAGGUGGCCAGGUCCUUGUGUGUGCGCCCAGUAACGUCGCCGUGGAUCAGCUGACUGAGAAGAUCCACCAAACGGGAUUGAAAGUUGUUCGAGUGACUGCCAAAUCCCGUGAAGCUCUGGAAUCUCCCGUCUCGUUCCUGACUCUUCAUGAACAAGUCCUGAACAACGACACGGAUCCCGAAUUGCAGAAAUACGUUCGGUUGAAGGAGGAAUACGGUGAACUGAACCAACAGGAUGAAAGACGCUACCGGGCCCUGAAGCGUAAAGCGGAGCGGGAGAUUAUCCAGAAUGCGGAUGUCGUCUGCUGUACUUGUGUCGGUGCGGGCGACCCUCGGCUGCAGAAAUACGCGUUUGGGACGGUCUUGAUCGAUGAAGCCACGCAGGCUGCGGAACCGGAGUGCUUGAUUCCUCUGGUCAUGGGCGCGGAGCAGGUCGUCUUUGUCGGAGACCAUAAACAGUUGGGACCCGUUAUUCUCAACAAGAAGUCUGCCAAGGCCGGCUUGAACCAGUCCCUCUUCGAGCGAUUGAUUCUCCUCAACGUUAGACCGAUUCGUCUUGAGGUUCAAUACCGUAUGCACCCGUGCCUUUCCGAUUUUCCUUCCAACAUGUUCUACGAAGGAUCUUUGCAGAACGGUGUCACGGUUCAGGAGCGUCUUCGCAAGGAUGUUGCCUUCCCGUGGCCUGUUCCAGAGACACCCAUGUUCUUUCACUGCUCGUAUGGACAGGAGGAGCUCUCAUCGUCUGGCACCUCUUACCUGAACCGAACUGAAGCGACAAACUGCGAGAAAGUCGUGACUCGAUUCCUGAAGGCCGGCGUCAAGCCCUCACAAAUCGGUAUCAUUACCCCGUACGAAGGUCAGCGCGCGUACAUCGUCAGCCACAUGCAGUUCGCAGGAGCCUUGAAGAAGGAGCUCUACAAGGAGAUCGAGGUCGCCAGCGUCGACGCCUUCCAGGGCCGUGAGAAAGAUUACAUCAUCCUCACCUGCGUGCGUUCCAACGACCAUUUGGGGAUCGGGUUCACCAGCGACCCCCGCCGUCUGAACGUGGCGUUGACGCGUGCCAAGUACGGUCUCGUCGUACUCGGUAACCCUAAAGUGCUGUCCAAGAACGCCCUGUGGUACCAGUUACUGAUGCACUUCAAGGAAAAGAACUGCUUGGUUGAAGGGCCGUUGAGCAACUUGAAGAAGUCGAUGAUUCAGCUGAUUCGCCCGAAACACAAGCCGAGAUUUGAUGAGAGGCAGAAUAAGUUCCAGGUUGAUGCGGGACAGCAUUUCGCCAAGCCUCCUAAGGCUAAUGACCGUAAGUUCCGCAAAGCUGUUGAGUAUUUUGGACGUCCAUCCCACAAUUUCAACCCCUACUACGACCCCCUCUCCGCCGUCGACGCCGGCCGCAUCUUCUCCCAGCCCGACUUCUUCCCCAUGCACCCCAUCCCCUUCUCCCAAGACAUGCCAGCCUCCCAAAUGUCCUCUCACAACGGCCACUUCAGCGCCUCCGGCCGAAAGAACAACAACCUCAACUUCUCCCAAACUGACUCCCAGGGCCCGUUCACGCAAGGCAGCGCCUUCCACUCCCAAUCGCAGUCCCAAUCCCAGUCGCAGCUGAUGAUGCACCCCAACGCGUUCUCAGCCUCCUUCUCGCAGAGCGACUACUUGGAUGAUUACAAGAGUCAGCCGGAUACGUACAUGAGCCAGGAGUUUGGGAAGAGCCAGCAGAGCGAUUAUCAGGGGCAGGGGUUUACGCAGUUCUGA